GUGGAGUGGUGGUGUUACAGUCGCGAUGGAGAAGGGGCUUCGUUCGUCUCUGCUAUCCUCAGCGCAAGAGUUCAUAUCCUUGGCCACAAAACAAAGCCUCAAGUCUUCAAAAUCCUCAUUGAAAACCCUAAUCCACAACAUUAAACCCUCUUCCCCUCUCUGCUCUUCUCUCCCUUCCACGCUCUCCGACUCCAUCUCCGCCGCAGUCCGAUCUUUCCAGAACCUUCUGGAACCAAACGCCGCCACGAACCUCGGCUCCCCCCGCACCCCUCCCUCCAAGCGCCCCCGACGCUCCUCGCGCCGCUCCGAGCCCGAACCAGUCGACGACAGACACGAACUUCUCGCGCGCCUCGAAAUUCUCACGCAUCUCGCGCUUCUCUGCGCUUCGCACCCGAGGAAGCCCUUCUCCCUCGCCGAUCUGCUUCCCGGCGUUCAGGCGCUGCACGACAGCUUAAUCGUCUUCGAGGCCGAAACGGCGCUGUCGUCGGCGAUUGAGGGUUUGUGCGAAGAAUGGUGGAAGGAGAAUUUGGCGGGAAGGGAGACAUUGAUCUCGCAGAGCCUCCCUUUCCUUCUGUCGAGGUCGCUGACCCUGAAGAGGAAGGUGGACGUGCACAGGGUUUGCGUGCUUCGCGAGGCGUUUGCGCUUUUCGAUUUCGACGACGAGAGCAUCGAGGAUUUGAAGCUGUUGUUGGUUCGGUGUGUGAUUUCUCCGCUGUAUUUGAAGACGGAGGAUGGGAGGCGGUUUCUUUCGUUUGUGUUUGGGCUGAGUGAUCAACUUGGGAAGGAAAUUUUGGCCAUGAUUCGGUCGCAAAUUCCGUUUGGGAGGAAGUCGAUGCUGGAGGCUUAUGGGGAUAUUCUGUUUCGAGCAUGGAAAGCUGUGCAAGGGGAUUCGAGGAGUCACAUUGAGAAUGGGUUCUUGCAGGAUUUGAUUGAGGCUGCCAUACAUGCUGGUUCUGGAGCUUUUGCUUCGUAUAUUAGGAGGGUUUUGGGAGCAUUUAUUAACCAGAGGACUACUGAUGGGGUUGAGAAGAUGCUUUAUCGACUCGCGGAACCUGUCAUAUUUAGGUCUCUCCAGGCUGCAAACUCAAAUGUUCGUCAAAAUGCUUUGCAUCUACUUUUGGACAUGUUCCCCCUUGAAGAUCCUGAUGCCACAAAAGAGGAGAAAGAUACGUUGCUUGAUAAGCAGUUCUUUUUAUUAGAAAAGCUACUUACGGAUGAUUGUCCGGAAGUGAGAAUGAUUGCUGUUGAGGGUUCUUGUCGUGUCCUUCAUCUGUUUUGGGAAGUUAUUCCUUCACCAAUCAUUACAAAGAUGAUAACAAAAGUAAUUGGUGAUAUGUCUCAUGAUGUAUGCAAUGAGGUCAGGCUUUCCACGCUGAAUGGCAUCAUUUAUUUGCUUGGAAAUCCUCACUCUCAUGAAAUCCUUAAGGUACUCUUGACAAGACUGCGACACCUAAUGCUGGAUAAGGUCCUUACAGUACGAGUUGCUGCAGUGGAUCUCUUACUCCAUCUAAAGGAUGUUAGAAAUUUUCAGUUUAACAAGGUGGUGGAGCUAGAUUUGCUAUUAUCUGCGCUUGCUAGUGAUCAACCUCCUGUGGCUCAGAAGAUAACAAAAUUACUUCUACCUUCAUACUUUCCCUCAAAGAUACCCAUUGAGGAGGCAUGUAAUCGCUGCAUUACACUUGUAAAAAGGGCUCCAAUGGCUGGUGCAAGAUUUUGCCAGUUUGCUAUCUUGGAAGGAGCUGCUAAAUCUCAUCUUAUGGAGCUGGUCAAAGUAUUCCUGAGUUUGAUUUUGUCACCAGAUAAGCUAGAUGCAAAUCAAAUUGAGGGUUUCCUUGUUGCUACUAGCUAUGUUUGUGAGAACUUAGCGUGUGAACCAUGCUAUAUAAAUGCUCUCAGGGAGUUACUUGAUGGAGAGAAAGUGAGAGGUUUACUAACUGUGGCAUCUAAAGGCCAAGCUCAAUCUUCUUUAUUCAACAUUGUCUCCACUGUUUGUCCAGAUGAUGUUGAUGGACUUCUUGAAGAAUGCACGAGUGUUGUCACUAACUGCACUGGUUUACCUGAGGAUGUUGAUCGACAAUCUAAAAUGAGGUCUGCACAUAAAUUAUUGCUUUCACUGGGCGGUUUUGAUGACAUGUUUGAAGCCUUAACAGCCUUCUUGCACAAGUCUGCCUUUCGUUGCCACAUUAAAUUUGGUGCAGACAUGCCAUCCCAUAGUGUUCCAUUAGCUAAAAGAAAGAAAUCUAAAUCCUCUGGAAAAUUUUCAAUUAAAUCAAAGAUAAUUAACAGAAAACAAUCUUUUGAGGAUGAUUAUUUAGUAGCUGUUGGGAUAGCAUGGCAAGUUAGAGAUUUGCUUCUGCAAGAAGAUACUAGAAAAGCUAUUUUGAAGUCUCAGAGUUUAGAAAUGUUAUUUUUUUCUCUUAAGGUGAUUUCUGAGGUCAGCAUUGUGCAUUCUGGGAACUGUGAAUACAUGGACACAUCUCCUGUUAUGGCAUAUACAGCCCUUGCUCUGCAAAUGACUGUUGAUAAGGUUGGCAAAAAUGGUAUACAAAAUGGUGAUACAAAGAGGAAGAAAACUAAGAUUGAUUCUUCUACAUCAUUGUCAGAGAAUAUCUUGGAGCUGACAAUAGAGCAUGUGCUCAGCUGUUUAGAAAAACUAUUUGGAGCAGAUGACAUCAUGAAAAAUCACGAUACGGAUUCAUGUAAGUUGCAGCCUACCAAUAGAACAAAUCAAAAUCAAAAUUCCACACAAAGGCGUAGGCUAUCUCCUACAGGUGCAUGUCGCACAAGUAACCGUGGGUUUAUAUACGAUGAAGCCAAACAAGUAUUCUGUAUGGUAAAGAUGCUUACUGCUGUUCUCAAGUUCAUGGCUGACACCACUGCUAUGUGCUUUGCUCCUCACAAUCAUGGAUUAUUCUUAAAUUACACAUCAAAAAGUGUGCAACAUAUCGUAUCAUUGUUGGACAAGCUAUAUCAUAGCCAAAUUCAAUUUAAGGACGAGGAUAAAAGAAAUAUUAUUUUUUGCCUGAAAAGCUCUUUCACGUAUGCAGCAAAAAUUCUCAAUCAGAUACUUACAGAGACUAGUGGAUCCUCAAUAACUCCACCAAAAACUUUUACUCUUGCCAAUAACUUGCUUGAUUUAAUCAUUGCAAUUGAAUCAUGCAUGGGCUCUAGUUAUGCAUUGCGUCUUGUUGCAACAGCAAAGCCAUGGCUACCUGAUGUGCUUCUGGCGUUGGGAUCUACAAGUAUUUUAAAACAUACCGACUGUGGUGAGGAACAUUCGACUGCAUCUGAACAAAUGAAGUUACAUUUUCCAAGAUGGCCCUUGAUCAUAGCCAAGACUGAGCUCUGCAACGUAAAUGAAGCUGAAGAAGAUGAUGAAUGUUCUCUACCAGAGAAAUUCUCAGCAUUCAAUAAGCUUCUGGCAAUGCUGAUUAUAUUACUGAAAAAAAAUCCCAGUAUAAUGGAUGCAGUUGGUGUUAUAUUCAUGAUUUCUUCACUUGUCGGGCUAGAAAAGAAGGACUUUGGACUAGCAUUAGGACUCUUGCGGUUUGUAUGUUUUAAGUUGUUUAAGCAUGAUGACAAGGAUUGGGGUGACAUGAUGCUGUCUUCCCUGCAAGAAAUCUUUCCCAAGAUAGAGAGGGAAAUUGCAGAAGAGGAUGAUGAAGAUGAGCUAUGGAAAUUGACAUGCACAAAGGAGUUGAUCGAACCUCUUUGGAUGUAUCAUCUGUAUGAAACUGGAAAGGUCAGCUUGGCUGAUGACUAGAAAUCGUUAUUGGUUUUUUUUUUUUUUUGUAGGAAUUUGAAAAUAUCAUUUAUGAAGCCUUUAGAUGCUUGAUGUACAUACUUCUACGA